AUGAACGCUGCCAGUGGUAGCAGAAGCCCCGGCCGUGCCAGUGGUAGCAGUAACAUGGACAAGGUUGCGGCGAAACUCCUACCGAAGAAACUGGCAGCGAAACGACGUUGGAAGAGACAACCUUCGAAGGAGAGUUUUGGAUCGGCCGUCAGCAACGAGGAACAUCCUCGCGGCCGUAGCCCAGGCAGCACGCGUGAGCCGCUAAGGAACGGAUCCGUCUCAACCACGCAAUCCAGGCAAUCCCAAGACACAGCUGAGGAGCCAGACGGACAUGAUGACCACGACCGUGACCGUGGUCAUGACCAUGACCAGGAGAGUGAACCCCAAGAAGGGAGAGGUGGUGCCGCCCAAGACUUUGACCACGAUCCAGCCGACAGGUCUUCAGUUCGACCCAGCGUUCCUUCGACCCAUCCAUCGCAAAUCGGCCAUUUGACAACCUCGUCGCCCAUCAUUCAGGCCGAUCAUCUCCCCGAGGUCCAGUCCCUGGACCAGCAAGAGUCUUUCGAGAGUCUUUCGCGCUUUGCCACCUACUCCACGUCCGAAAGCUAUUCUCACGAGCCAGCUCGUCGGCUGUCAACCAGCAAGACCGGUCUGCAACCAGCUUCGGACUCGUCCACACGUCGAUCGAAAUCGCCAGCCGAUAGGAUAAAGGACGCUUUUCUGGGCAAGAGGGAUGUGAGCGCCCCGGGCAGCGACAGACAAGCCGACACCUUUGACCACGAACCGAGUACCACAUCAUCAGACAAACCACCAGUCCAAUCGAUUUCCCAGUCGAACUCAACCCUGGCUUCGCAGUCCGAUGCAAAUGUCGCCAAGGUAGCGGCCAACGAGCGAUCACGUCGGCAUAAGAGCCAGGCGCCUAUGCUUGAUACCUCAGCUCGUCCUCACACACCGCCGUCCGAGCCCGGGGCUCCUGUUAUUGUCAAUACCCCGCCGACUCCGACUGAAUCGCAUCAUUCUAGGGACAGGAGUUUUUCGAACAGCUCGAGUCCAAAACCACAUGUGCUUGUAUCGCCCUCGGGUAACAUGAGCACACACCGUAGACACAGAUCAGGAUCUGGAGCAAGCAUUGGCCCGAGCAAGUUGUCCAACAUAACACUGGCACCCUUGACACCAACUCCCGAAAACGCUGUUCCUCCCACGCCCGGAGCUGGUUUCUUUUCCAGUGUAUUCUCCGCCGCGCAAAACGCUGCCACCACCUUGAGCAGUACAAUCUCUAAUACCAAUAUUGGAUCCGCCGGAAACAAGCCCAAGGCAAACUUUUUCGGAGACACACAAGCCGGUGAGGACGACAGGGUCGAAGUUGAGCCAUCUGCAGAGGGGUUGCAUGAUUCUAGUAUGGGUAGCAAAGAGCCUGCUGUGAAGACACUCGGUAUGGGUGACUUGAGCCUAAGCCAGCUGGGCUACCAGGAAGGUGGCAGCGCAACACCUACGCCCACCGCCAACAAAUUCUCCGACGCUGCGGCUGAUUCACGGGCGCGAUCUGAAUCCGCUCCCGUGGAUGCCGCAAACACACACGCUCUUGGUGACGGUCAACUUGAUGAUUCAGGGGCUGGUAGGCCGAGAUCCCUUUAUGAUCCAGCUGCUGCGACCAGUCCCCCGACUAGUGUGUACGAAGGGAAGCAGGGCGCGGGCGUACAUCGCAGUAGCAGCAUACGAAGCGCCCUCUCGCGACGGCGGAAGCGUGGUAGUACUGGCGGAACCGCGGGCACUGCCGCUACUGUAAAUACGAUCGGAGCCGCCAUAGCUGCAGCAAACGCCUCGGUCGCUCACCCUAAUGCUGCUGGGAGCGUCCCAAAGCUGACAGGGUUUGCUGUGGCGAGUAAGAAACGCAAUCGGGACUUCCAUGCCCUAUUCAAGAGCGUACCCGACGACGAUUACCUCAUUGAAGACUACAGUUGUGCUCUUCAGAGAGAGAUCCUCGCCCACGGCCGACUCUACGUUUCUGAAGGGCACCUGUGCUUCAGCAGCAAUAUCCUCGGAUGGGUAACAACCUUGGUUAUGAGCUUCGACGAGAUCGUAUCAGUUGAAAAGAGAAGCACGGCUUUGCUUUUCAAAAACGGGCUCUUGAUUACAACACUACAUGCAAAGCAUGUGUUUGCCAGUUUCACCAGUCGGGACUCUACCUACGACCUAAUCGUUAAUAUUUGGAAGCUUGGUCAUCCGACUCUGCGCAGCUCGCUGAAUGGUGUGUCGCUGGAAGAGACAGGAGGCGACAAAACCGAAAAGGUUGACGACGUUGAAAACGCAAUCGGAAGCCAGAGCGUUUCAGGGUCGGAGGAGGAGGAGGAGGAGGAGGAGGAGGAGGAGGAAAGUGAAGACGGUGAUGAUAUCUACGACGAGGACCAGGAAGACGACGAUGUCCCCGAAGCAUCCCAAUUGACAGACUCAAGUCCCAUCGAGACUGAUGGCGAAAAAGCCGUACCUAGGAAAGCGUCCGGCGCCAUUGCUUCCGCCGGUGCUAUCGAAAAGACUGAUUUUGCGCCCUCGCCCGCCGGUGCGGUCGAUUACCCUGGCCCCGCGGCUCAUGCUCCAACCGACUGUGGCGACAUGGACACUCAUUACGACGUAGUGCUCGGUGACGACAUCGUCCCUGCCCCCAUCGGCAAAGUCUACAACAUGAUCUUUGGACCCGCGUCCGUAACAUGGAUUACGAAGUGGUUGAGUAACGACCAGAAGUGUUUCGACCUGCAGAUGGAAGACAAGAAAGGGUUGACACAGGAGAACAAGUCCCGAAAUUACACUUACAUCAAGCCCUUGUACGCCUCGAUAGGGCCGAAGCAGACCAAGUGCAUCGUGAACGAAACAUUGGAGCAUAUGGAUCUUGAGAAAGCGGUGAACGUGCUCGUCACGGUACAGAACCCGGAUGUGCCAAGUGGCAACGUAUUCUGUGUCAAGACAAAAUAUUGUCUUUCAUGGGCCGAAAACAAUGCGACCCAUGUCACAGUCAACUGUACCAUUGAGUGGAGUGGUAAGAGUUGGCUAAAAGGACCUAUCGAAAAGGGUGCCAAAGACGGCCAGACACAGUACUGCAAAGACCUUUUCGCCAGCCUAAAAGCAGCGGUGUCCUCCCGGCCUCGGUCUUCGACUCUCAAUGGUGGACCGGUGAAGGGCAAGAAAAGGAAGACCAAGGGCAAACUCCAUCGAGCCUCCAAGGAGACUCUGCGAGGCCCGACCGACUCAGCAGCGUCCAAAGUUCAGGACUGGGGCCUACUUGAACCGCUCCACGGUAUCCUCGGGCCCAUUCUCGAUAUUCUCACGCCUGUACUCACCGGCAACGUGGUGUAUGGAUUACUUGUUGGUCUGUUAGUAGCGACCUGGUUUGGAUUUGGUUCCAAUGGUCAAUCAAGGGGAGGUUACGGGCGAGACAUGGGCUUCAAUGGUUACCCAGACCGCGUCGUGGCCUACGAGGAGAUAUGGAGACGUGAGGAGAGCGACCUAUGGAAUUGGUUGGAAGAGAGGGUAGGCCUGCAUCGCAUGAAUGAAGGCGCUUUGCCCAUCCGCAAACGAGUGAUGGAGCCACGGACAGUGGAGGAUAAACUGCGGGAAGAGCGCAUGAAUGAGAGGGAGGUGGGAGAAGCGAUUAGAGUCACGGAGGAGAAGCUACAGGUCCUGAAAUCAGUCAUGGACCGUAAGAAGGAGAACCCCAUAUCGGGAGGUAAAGCCAGACCAACGACGUUUCCCUCGUCCGAGAGGUAA